GAGUCGAAAACAAAGCGGAAAGCACGCUCCCUUGUAGCCGCGAUAUAUUUAAAGCUGUUUUUGAUUUUAAAUCACAUUUACGUUUUUCUUUAUUUACUUACACACACAAAGAAAACAACGGUUACCAGAGUGUUGAGUUAAAGCUACAGUUGGCCUCUUAAUAAUCGUAAGAUGGCGACAGCAGAUGAACCGAGAUACUACAACGAACAUGAUGAUCGUGUUGGAGGUAACAAAGUACGGCGUAGGAAGGGAAGAGGACCAUUCAGAGCACCUCUGUACAGUGAUCAGUUGCCAAAGCAAAGGCAUCGUGGAGGACAAGGUGGUGGGGGAGGACAAGGAGGAGGCGGUGGGCCUGGUCCCAGGUCCAGAUUUAAAGAGGAUGAUGGAGAUAUCACCAUGUCAGAUGACUGUCAAGAUGGAGGAUCACAACGGCGAUUCAAUCCUUAUGGGCGUAAUCAAAAUAGACACGAUAAUCGUAGAGGAGGAAAGGACAGAGGAGGAGGAAAUAGUGGUGGAAACCACAUUGCUCGUGGAGGUGGGAAUGGAAAUUCAGGAGGAGGUGGUGGAGGUCGCAGGUGGUUCAGGAUGUCUAUUCCCCAUGGGAAAAAAUAUGAUAGGCAGUGGCUUAUCUCUGCACUCCGGGGAGUUUGCUCAGUACCCUUUCAACCCAUUCAGUUCCAUUUUGAAGGCAAUCGAGCACAGUUCUAUGUCGAUGAUUCCACCACAGCUAAUGCUUUACUAAAAGCUUCAAGAAAAAUCACUGAUCGAGAUGGAUUCAAGAUAGCUAUUGUGAUGAGCUCCUGUCCACCACCCAGUGGCAACCAGGACCUAAAACCUGAGGAUCUUGAGCAUCUAAAGCAAUGCAUGUCCAAGCGCUUUGAUGGUUCUCAACAGGCCCUCGAUUUAAACAACAUAAGAGUUGAUCCAGAUUUGGUUUCUCAGAAUAUAGACAUCACAUUGAAUCGGAAAAACUCCAUGCAAGCAGUCAUCAAGAUUAUUGAAGAAAACAUCCCAGAGCUGGUUUGUUUAAACCUUAGCAACAACAAGUUAUUCAAGCUUGAUGACCUGACUGACAUCAUCACCAAAGUUCCCAAUCUGAAGGUUCUGAAUCUCUCACACAAUGAGAUCAAGACCGAAAGAGAGCUGGACAGAAUUAAGGGUCUGAAGCUGAUGGAGUUGUCACUACAGAGAAACCCUCUGUGUGAACAUUUCAAAGACCAUGCAGAUUACAUAAGUGCUAUACGGCAGAGGUUUCCCAAACUGCUCAAACUGGAUGGACAAGAUCUUCCUCCUCCCAUUGGCUUUGAUCUGGAAGUUGCCCCUGCAACUCUGCCACCCUGCAAGCCCAGUUACUUCGCCUCAGAAGAACUCAAAGUGCUCAUCCAGUGUUUCCUGCAACAGUAUUAUGCUAUAUAUGACUCGGCAGACAGACAGCCACUGCUCGAUGCCUAUCACGAUGGUGCAGCGUUCUCGCUCAUCAUCCCUUUCACCAUGCAGAACCCUUCCAAAUGCAGUUUGGGAGAGUAUCAGAAAGACUGUCGUAACAUCAAGAAAGUGAAGGACUCCACUACAAGGUUCCGUUUGCUGAAGCACACACGUUUGAAUGUGGUUGCAUUCUUAAAUGAGUUGCCCAAGACCCAGCACGAUAUUGCCUCAUUUAAUAUUGAUGUCAACACCUACACUAGCACGUUGUUGUCAUUUACGGUUAGUGGAGUGUUUAAAGAAGUGGAUGGCAAAUCCCGUGACUCCUACAGAGCUUUCUCUCGAGUGUUCAUCGCCAUGCCUCAAGGAAACGGAACGAUAUGUUUAGUCAAUGAUGAGCUGUUUAUCAGGAAUGCCACGACAGAGGAAAUUCGACGGGCGUUCGUUGCCCCUGCACCAACCCCCUCCAGUAGCCCCGUGCCCACGCUGUCCGCCACACAACAGGAAAUGCUUGCUGCUUUCUCACGGACGUCUUGCAUGAACCUGGAGUGGUCUCAAAAGUGCCUGCAAGACAACGACUGGGACUUCGAACGAGCUGGUCAGAUUUUCACAGACCUUAAGGCCCAUGGAAAGAUCCCCGAUGUCGCAUUCAUAAUGUGAAGUUUAUUUUUAACAAUUGUUGUCUCAAUGGACUUGAGAAAAAGCAUGGACAACGUGCUCAUAGCUUUGUAAUUACUGUAGAUUUAAACACCAGUUUAUGUUGGUGUAUUUUUUCUGUCAUUAAUUAUGUUCUGUUAAAAUCCUGAUUAAAGGUUUCUGAAAAAACAA